AUGGAGUUGGCAUCGGCGGCGCAAGCGGCCUGGGCUGUACAAGCGGCGUCGGGGUUCAAGUGGCGGCGGCGGUGUAGACGGCGGCGGCGAAGCGUCGGCGGUGGCGGCGCAGACGGUAGCGGCGGCGGCGGCAGAGUCGGCAGCAGAGUCGGUAACAGCGGCGGUGCAGACAGCGGCGUUGGCGGUGGGGCCAAGGGCGGUGGCUUGGUGGCGGUGGCGGCGGAAGCAGCGGCGGCGCAGACGACUGCGUCGGCGGUUCAGGCGGCCUCGGGGCAGACAGCGGCGGCGGUGCACAAGCAGCGGCGGUGCAGACAGCGGGGUCGACGGUGCAAGCGGGGCGGUGCAGAGGGCGGUGGCUUCCGCGGCACAGGCGGCAUCGGCGGUGGCGCAGGCGGUGUCUGCGGCGGAAGCGGCGGAGGUGCAAGCGGCGUGGGCGCAGACAGCGUCCGCUACACAAGUGGCAACGGCUUAGGCGUCGAGGGCUCAAGAGGCGACGGCGGCGGCAGCAUAAGCGGUGUUGGCGGCGGUAGCCAUGGUGGUGCGGACAGCGGGGUUGGCAGCGCUUGUGGUGGCGGAGCAGAUGGAGGUGGCUUCCGCGGCGGCGACACAAACGGCGGCGGCGGCGGCGCAGGCGGUGUUGGCUGCGGCACAGACGACGGUGUGGGCGGUGCAAGCGGUAUUGGCGCAGACAGCUGGGCUGCACAGGCCGGCAACCGCUUGGGCGUUUUCAGCUCCAGCAGCGGCAGCGGCGGCGGCGGCGGCGGUAGCAGCGGUGGAGCAGACAGCGGCCUCGGUGCAGACUGCGUCGGCUGCACAAGCGGUGUUGGCGACUCAAGCGGCGGCUGCGGCGCAGAUGGCAGCAACGCAGAUGGCGGCGGCGGCGAAGCGGCGGCGGGGGCCACGCAAGCGGCAGCAGCAGCAGCUGGAGCGAGGGCCAGCAACUGAGGAACGGCAGAGAAGGCCAGAAAGACCAGGGAACCUGCUGCAGAGAAAGGCUUUUGGGGUUAGAGCAUCUGCACCUUCAGAAGCUGUGCU